AUUAAUUAUUAGUAGUGAGAGAGAGAGAGAGAGAGAGAGAGAGAGAGAGAGAGAGAGAGAGAGAGACAAUGGGAGUGAUGAAGAAGUGGGCAUCGGUGAAGAAGAAGAAGCAGCACCAAGAGGAGGAGGAACAAGUCACGGCUAAAGAAACUCAGACAUGGCGGCGAUUAAGGAAUCUGUUUUCUACGUCGUCGGGGAAGUGGAAGCGAGUAGAGAUCAUUUUGCUGACAGAUAUUGUCGACGGUGUAGUUUACAAGGUCAUGUAUGUAGUCGAAGCUCUCGUUCUCGUUUCGACGCUCUGCUUCUUCUACCUUUGUUGCGGAUGCCACAUCUGAAUUUUUUUUGCUUUCUCUCCUUCAAUUAUUCUUUCGCUAUUCAUAUUUGUUCUGAGGUGUAGUGUUAGUCUCAUAUUUUAUACAAUAAAAGCUUAUACCAUGUAAUC